AUGGCCCGGGUGCUAGGAGCCGCAUCGGCCUCGGCCAGCCGCGGGCCUAGCAGUGCGGUGCAAAGAAGGGCGCGUAAACACAAAGUGAUCAUGGAACCUGUCACCCGAGAAAGGAAAAAACUCGAACCGAAUUACACCGUCGAAACGAAAGCACCUUCUGGCUACACAUACAUCUCCGUUGGCAACCCACAGCUUACUGCCGCUUGCAAGGAACGAUGCAGGAAAGAGGGACUAAAAAUGAGCACAGUUUCGCUUACUCCUCAUCUGAACACACACCACCUGUCUCGACAAGUUAAUCGGAUUGGAUUUCAUUUUCCCACCCCUGUCGUGGCAGCGGUCUGCACUGAGCUUGGACUCCGUCUGACGAGCACAGGCAAGGCAGUCCCUUUCCAUACUCUUGAGUCCCUCGGGGAAGACUCUCAGCUAGACCCCAAUGCACCUCAAGAAGUCAUCAAUACCGGCGCACGAGACACGAUCAAGGACCUAUUCCCCAAAAUUCCAGACCAUGACUUGUUCCAAAUUAUCAAGACUUCGUUCCAAAAGGGUCAAGGAAAGGUCGGCACUGCAUUUGAGCUCUCAUUGGCUCGCAGAGCACAGUUAGCGGUGGUGGCCCACAUACGUCACACCUACACCACGUAUGAGCGGCUGCUGAAAGAGGGAGGCUACAGAGAAGCGAGAUCGGCAGUCGAGCAGGCGACGCUCGACAAGAUCAUUGCUUGGCGUGGAGACGAUGAGAAUGGCCAGAAAGUACUCGAGGACGUGUUCCGGGAGGUGAUUGUCAUCUCCGAUGACGAAGAGAGCGACCUGGAAGAUGAAACUAUGAGAACCGGCACUCGGGGCCAUAGCGUUGAGUUCAUUUCGAGCCGUGCCAUAACUCACCGGCUGCACAAACCGCCCCUGGGUGAAAAUAUUUCUACCCAGGGUUCAACUUGUGGUAUGUCAGAGGAAGUACCACAGGGGUCACGAGUCUUGAACGUUCCUGCUCAAACUGCCGUCGAUCGCAGAGGCUUCAGUCGGUACCAAGCUUGGAACCGUGCACUGACACGGGCUCGAGAGAGGGUACAGGGCACUGAGCAGCGCCAGCUAGGGGACUCGCAUAAUGAAUUGCAGCGUCCCCGGCAGGCUGCUCGGCCUUCCGCGAUUGAAGAGACAAAAGAGUCUCCUCGGCAUGGUGAUGCAGUCCUUCAGACCACGGAAUCCCUCACAAGGAGUGGACGGGUUCCCCCCCCAUGA